UGCAGGGAAAUUACCGUGUGCCGGAUGGCUUUGGCAUGCCCCCUACUCCUACUCAUCAACAAGAAGCGAUCUGAAGGAGAAAGUGGCGAGGCAGCCGUGAGUGGGCGAGGGACGCGGUUGGUUGUCAAGUAGGGCUGGUAGCACCAUUCAGGAAUUGCCAUAAAUUUGGACUGCUCUACAGAAAAAGAGGGAGCGAGCUUGCAAUGCAUGUUGUCCUGGUUGCCACGUUUCGGCUUCACGGGCGUCCACUGGAACCCCAUGUCAGCGCGAGCCUUUCCUUUCCCAAAGGAGCCAGAGUCAGGCCAGUCAUAAUAAUAUAUGACCGCCAAGAGAAGAGAAGAGCAGAGCAGAGCAGUCCGUUCGUCGCCAAAAACCCGCUGGCCGCUGCCCUUGCCCAUUCCACUCUGCACUUCCUUCGUCUUCCUGCGAUUCACCCUGCAGAACUAAAUGGAAUCCUCGGAGGCGGUACCAACAGGCAAAGGUCGCAAUCAGGAAGCUCGUGAACUAUCACUGUGCCAGACGACGGAGGAGCUCAAGACAUGGAAUCUGAAUGAACGGCAGCAACAGUUAGUCGACGCCAGUGGGCUCGGAAAUCUGAAAUACAUGGGAGAUCUGGCCAUCAACCGCACUAUGCUCAGGGUAUUUUGCGAGCUUUGGAGCAAAGAAACAAACACAGCAAGGUUCCAUGACUUUGAAAUGGCACCAUCACUCAGGGACACUGCCUACAUACUGGGAAUUCCGAUCAUAGGCCGUGCGGUGACCACCGGGGCUGUGCUCAACAUGUCGUCAGAAGAGCUGCUCCUCCAAUACCUUGGCCGAGUUCCUGGUUCAAAGGACUGCAGGGGUAGCCGUGUGAAGCUCUCUUGGUUACACUCCAAGUUUAGUCAGCUCUCGGAGCAUCCCACUGAUAAAGAAAUUGCGUGCAAAACAAGAGCAUAUCUCUUGUACUUGAUUGGAGCAACCCUGUUUUCAGACAAAGACAAGGGCUAUGUCUCUCCAAAGUACUUACCACUCUUGUCGGACUUUGACAAGGUACGAGAGUACGCAUGGGGCACUGCUGCUCUUGCUCAUCUUUACAAGGCUCUCUCUGCAUUAGCGUCUUCUCACUCUAUUGCCAGAAAAAGACUAUUCGGCAGCGCCACUCUGCUCAUGGGGUGGAUAUAUGAAUAUAUUCCAGCGAUGCGCCCUGAAAUGGAGGAUGAUCCAGCACUUGUCGUCCCACGAGUAUGCAGGUGGGCCGGGCACGCAAUAUCCCAACCAGCAAAGGAAGCUUCAGAUAUCAGAAAAGCUUUCAGUCAGCUUCGAGUUUCAGAUGUGAACUGGGAACCUUACAAGGGUAUGGAUCCUGCAUCUAUUCCCAACAUCUGCUCGGCACCCGAUAGCAUCUGCUUCUCCAGAACAUGGCUGAUCAACUUUAACGUGAGGGAAGUAUAUCUCCCAGAUCGAUUUGCUCGUCAGUUUGGUCAAGAACAGCAUCCGGUCGGCGAUGUUGGUGGGUUCCAGCGACAUCAGUGGAACGCGUCAGUGGAUUGGAGCCUGGAGUAUGCAUCAGAGAUCAAACAUUUCGAGCAGUUGAUCAAUGCUACUCGUCCUGAUCAUACAGCAGUUGCUGCCACUUGUAAAACGACUGAGGAUGUUUUUACGCCAGCGAGCACGGCACGAGAAUUUCCUGGUCUCAAAUUGCUUGCAGUGGUGGAAAGCAUCAAGAAGGAGCUCCCAACCAUCACGCGAUUUCUGGAGCAACGGUCACUUCCCGUCGAGGUAGCCACGUCGUUUGCUCGGAUCCAUGAACUACUGGAGGAUUCUCACUUGAAGGAAGGAAAUGCCGCAGUGGAUGCUGGGGGCGAGGGGACCUCUGAGUUGACUGCACCGCACCCUCCUGCCAUUCCACCGCAUGGGCCUGUGCCUGAUGAAGCGGUGCAGAACGGCAGCGAUCGAGACGGCAAGGCGGGGGAAGAGGAGGCAUCGGAAGGGAGCGAGGACAGUGAGGAGGACGGAAGCCAUAAGGGGCGGAAGCGACCGCCGCUUCGGAGGAGCAAUCGAAGCUGCGUGCAGGCCAAGAGGUUCAAGAACCGGGGAGGGAAAGGGUCCCAAGCCUCUGACCCCAUCGUGCUGUGACUGCUGCAUUCAUCUGCUCACUCCGUGCUAAGAGCGUUUUCAACACUACUUAUAUUAUGGGACAGGGGAGUACCAUUUUAUUGCCGGAUAUUACAUUGCAGUGAUUUGUUACACUCAGAUUUAUACCGGGACGUAGACGGCUAGAUACCCACACGGGCCAUUUCCCCUCUUAGCCACUUGCAAGAACUAGUGAGAUUUGCUUUGGCUGAAUAAGAGUCAUCGGUAGCUGAAUAAUGUGAGCGAAACGAGCUAUUAGAGCAUGGUUAAUAGUAUAGCCAAUUUAUUCUUA